UUCGUUAUAGAAUAUAGAUACGGUGUUUGUUGGGAUCAAUUAUAUUAGCUAUAUGCAUGCAUAUGCAACCGGAUAGAUUACAUCUUGGCUUUAUCCUCACUGUAGAUAAAUGCAUGUUUGCAUCUACGCCUGUUCCCAUUCCUUAGCUUUCUAACGGUGGUGGAAAUAGUCAUAUUGCGCAUCAGUUAUCGCACCAAGAAUGGCUCUAAAUGUCUUUGACCAUGAUGAAUACAGGCCGCCAGUGUGGAAAUCUUACUUGUAUCAGCUCCAGCAGGAGGCACCACACCCACGGCGACUGACCUGCACCUCUGAGGUGGAUAACCGGCCCAAAUACUAUGGGAGAGAGUACCACGGGAUGAUCUCCAGAGAGGAGGCUGACCAGCUGCUGAGUGUGGCAGAGGGGAGUUACCUCAUCAGAGAGAGCCAGAGGCAGCCUGGGACCUACACACUGGCCCUACGCUUUGGAAAUCAAACCAGGAACUUCCGCCUCUACCGUGAUGGGAAACACUUUGUUGGGGAGAAGCGCUUCGAGUCCAUCCACGACCUUGUGACAGAUGGGCUGAUCACGCUCUACAUCGAGACCAAGGCAGCAGAGUACAUCGCUAAGAUGACCAUCAACCCAAUCUAUGAGCACAUUGGCUACACAACACUCAACAAGGAGCCCACGCUGAAGAAACACUUGCCCGUGUGCCAGGAGGUUCCUGAUGGGCCUGCGCCACAGGGAGAGCUGUGUGACGAGGAGAAAGGGCUCACCUCACUGGUCCGUCGAGCCACCCUGAAGGACAACGACCACGCGACCAAGUAUGAGAAAGUCCACAAUUUCAAGGUGCACACCUUCCGGGGACCCCACUGGUGUGAAUAUUGUGCCAACUUCAUGUGGGGCCUCAUCGCUCAGGGAGUUAAAUGUGCAGAUUGCGGUUUGAAUGUCCACAAACAGUGUUCCAAAAUGGUGCCAAACGACUGUAAGCCUGACCUCAAGCAUGUCAAGAAAGUAUACAGUUGUGACCUUACGACCCUGGUAAAAGCCCACAAUUCCAAGCGACCCAUGGUGGUGGACAUGUGCAUACAAGAGAUUGAGUCUAGAGGUGUUCAGUCUGAGGGCCUGUACAGAAUCUCAGGCUUCAGUGAUCUGAUUGAAGAUGUGAAGCUGGCUUUUGACAGAGAUGGUGAAAAGGCGGACAUUUCUGUGAAUGUGUAUGAAGACAUCAAUAUAAUCACUGGCGCACUGAAACUGUACUUCAGGGAUUUACCUAUUCCUCUUAUCACGUAUGACGCCUACCCAAGGUUCAUGGAGGCAGCAAAGAUUACAGAUCCAGACAAGCGGUUAGAGGCCCAUCAUGAAGCUCUGAAGCUGCUGCCACCUGCACACUGUGAAACACUGUGUUAUCUCAUGGCCCACUUAAAGAGGGUAACCCAAAAUGAGAAAGACACCCUGAUGAAUGCAGAAAACCUUGGCAUUGUUUUUGGGCCCACCCUCAUGCGUGCCCCAGACCUGGAUGCGAUGACGGCGCUCAAUGACAUCCGCUACCAGAGACAGGUGGUUGAGACGCUUAUAAAGAACGAAGACAUUCUGUUCUGAAAGGGGAUGACAAACAAUGAAGGAAUCUUAAAUCAUGAAUAAGCGAUUUACUCAUCAUUUAGAAAGGAAGAAGUGACAAUGUUUUUAAUAUUUUCCCUUUGUAAAACCAAGACUUGAAUAAUAAUGAAGUAUUUGCACCAUUGUACAUUAUUUUCCACUCCCAGUGAACCCUGUCUGAAGAGAUGUCUGUUGGGUUUGAAUCACGUACCUCAGACUUGUCUUUCGCAUGUUCACCCCUCCCCCCCUCAUUUGUGUCAGGGUAAUUGAUGGAACACACAUUCCUUUGGAUAGCUUGUAUGUGUUUUUGUUUUCAGAUAUUGGGUCACACCAAAGGGAGAGAGGGAGGACUCAACUUUAUCUCUGACAUUAUAGUGUCUUUGACAGCAUGGGCAGUGCCAUUGAUGCUACAACCCAUAGGAAUCCCCAUCCAGUUGGCUACUUUUAAUACUUUGAAAUGGCGGCGGCAUGGUGGAAGCCCUCAAUGGCAAUGUCUUUGCCAAAAUGGGUGAUAUCCAUGAUAGUCCUUUAUCUCUAUGGGUCACACACUCAUUAACUGCUCUCUCUGAUCUUGUAGAUGUGGCUCAUUUGUUUCCAGAUGGCUUUAUUCUUCCUGUGAAUCACGAAUGUACCUGGAUGUAACAUGGAAUACCAUCGGUUAAAAACCUUGUUUAUUUUGUUUAGUAUUGUCGUUUGUAUGUUGUUCAUUUCAAAUAAAUGCAGUGGGAUAUUUAUAUAAUUUCAGCCAGUAGUUCUAAAAGUAGCCUAGCACUCACAAGCCAUAACAGGUGCCUUAAAUGUAGAAUGUCAUAUUAGCGGUGUGUCCCAUGUACAUCUGCACUUAAUUUAUAUUAUAAUGGAGUGCCACACCAUUGGCACUCACUGCCCCUUUUGUCAGAGUAUCCAAUGUGAUCAAGCCUCCCACUUGUACCUUGCAGCGUCAUUGUAUGUGAUGGUGCCUUUCAACCUUCCUGUCAACAUUGUCCAUCCGUUUUGGUUGUUCGAAGUAUCCCUUUAUUCCUUGGUCAGACUAUGGCGCCAAAACUUUUCUAGUUUAGAAAGUAUAAAUGGUAC